AUACAUACAGAAGUUAACAGCUGUGAACGUAUAGAAAAAUCUUUAAAAAAUCAAGUUAAAUAUGGAACAGUAGCUAGUAUGCUGAAAAGCAAGCCACUACUUACCACUCACCACCGUCAUCAUCUUUACUCGCAAUAUAUAAACACACACACAAACACAUCUUUUUAUCUCUCUGCUCUUUGGUUGCAGAUCUUGAACAUAACAGAUCAAGAGCAAAAUGGGGUUUUGUCUGAGAUCUCUUCCACAAUUUACAGCUUAUGCCAUUUCACUUGUGCUUUUCCUCUCUGCCUUCACCUUUACUUCAACAGAAGCAUAUGAUCCGCUUGAUCCAAAUGGGAAUCUUACGAUUAAAUGGGAUGUCAUAAGCUGGACACCUGAUGGAUACGUGGCUAUUGUUACAAUGUUCAACUUCCAGCAAUAUCGUCAUAUUCAAGCACCAGGAUGGACUUUAGGUUGGACGUGGGCUAAAAAGGAAGUAAUAUGGAGCAUGGUGGGUGCUCAAACAACAGAGCAAGGAGAUUGCUCAAAAUACAAAGGGAAUGUUCCACAUUGUUGUAAGAAGGAUCCAACGGUUGUCGAUCUACUACCUGGAACUCCAUACAACCAGCAGAUUGCAAAUUGCUGCAAGGGAGGAGUACUUAACUCAUGGGUCCAAGACCCAUCCAAUGCUGCAAGCUCAUUCCAGGUUAGUGUUGGUGGAGCUGGAACUACCAACAAAACAGUUAAGGUGCCUAAGAACUUCACAUUGAAAGCACCGGGGCCUGGCUAUACAUGUGGACCAGCCAAAAUCGUCAAGCCAACUAAAUAUGUUACAGCAGAUGGAAGGAGAGUGACACAAGUCAUGAUGACAUGGAAUAUUACAUGCACAUACUCACAGUUCCUGGCUCAGAAAACUCCGACUUGCUGUGUUUCUCUGUCAUCUUUCUACAAUGAAACUAUUGUACCUUGCCCUACAUGUACCUGUGGCUGCCAAAACAAUAGUACUCAUCCAGGCAGCUGCGUAGACAAGAAGUCUCCAUAUUUAGCCUCCGUUGUUUCGAGCCCUAGCAAGAACAACUAUGCACCUCUGGUUCAGUGCACAAGUCACAUGUGUCCAAUCCGAGUCCAUUGGCAUGUAAAACUCAACUACAAGGACUACUGGAGGGUGAAGGUUACAGUUACGAACUUUAAUUACCGGAUGAACUAUACACAGUGGAACAUGGUUGUCCAACAUCCGAACUUCGACAACCUUACUCAGAUAUUCAGCUUCAAUUAUAAACCAUUAACUCCUUAUGCAGCAAUUAAUGAUACAGCUAUGUUAUGGGGUGUUAAGUUUUAUAACGACUUUCUCUCGCAAGCUGGCCCACUGGGGAAUGUCCAGUCAGAACUACUCUUCCGGAAAGAUUCAUCGACUUUUACUUUUGAAAAGGGCUGGGCUUUUCCUCGAAGAAUCUACUUUAAUGGUGACAAUUGUGUCAUGCCACCUCCCGACUCUUAUCCAUAUUUGCCAAAUGCCAGUUCAAGGCAACAAAUCUCGUUACUCACUCUGAUGGUUACACUGUUCUCAUCACUGGCUUUCUACUUCGCAUACGUUUGAGGAUCUGAUAGUGUUUGUAAUCUAUAUAUGGAGUGUUCAUUGCCAAAAUUAAGCCCAAAAAAUUUCUAGAAACCUCUCAGCUAUGCUUCGUGGUUUGUGUUGCUCGGUGAAGAUCUGGAAUUGACUUGGAUUCAGGUGCACACUUUGGAACGAUCAUCUGCAUCUGGUUUUUAUUUGUGGGUAAAUUAGUUCUUGUCACGUCACUUGUAACCUUUGUACCAUGUCUUUAUCCUAGUCUUAAAUUAGUAUUGUUAGUAGGAUUUCAUGUUUAUAGUAAUACGAAAAUUGUAAUAAGCUCAAAAACCACUCAAAGACAGACAAAUUUAGUGCUGUUUUACAAUUUUGGUUA